GUUUUUUUAUUCAUUAAAUUAUACAUUUAUCUAUCUUAAACAGAUGUUCAGAGAAUAGAUCUAACAAUUAAAAGUGUGACGUAGUGGUUCUCUUUUUCUUUUUGUUUUUUCCUUCUUUAAGAUGGGUGGUACCUUCCUCCUUAUCACUCAAAAAGGCUCAAACAGUCCUCUAUACAACACAAAUUCAGCAAAAAAAUAAGUGAGAUAGAGAGAGAAAGGGGAGAUGGGGUUCACAGAGAAACAAGAAGCUAUGGUGAAGGAUUCUUGGGAAAACAUGAAGCAAAAUAUUCCUCAACUCAGUCUUCGUUUCUUCUCCUUGAUCUUGGAGAUAGCACCAGCAGCAAAGAACAUGUUCUCAUUCUUGAAGGAUUCGGACGAAAUUCCUCAGAACAAUCCUAAACUUAAAGCCCAUGCUGUUAAAGUUUUCAAGAUGACAUGUGAAUCGGCCGUUCAACUGCGGGAGAAGGGUGAAGUGGUGGUUGGUGAGACUACGCUCAAGUACUUGGGAUCCGUCCAUCUCCAAAAGGGAGUUAUUGACCCCCACUUUGAGGUAGUAAAAGAAGCAUUAUUGAGAACAGUGAAAGAAGCAAUGGGAGAGAAAUGGAGCGAAGAGAUGAAAGAAGCAUGGGGAGAAGCCUACGACCAGUUGGCUGCUGCCAUUAAAGCUGAGAUGCACGUUGAGGCUGCUGCAGCCUAGGCCUAGCGUUCAUGUUCUUUGUUUCUUAUGUAUGUGUGGAUUAUAUUUUGUCCUUUAUCCGUUCACUUUUACUUGGCAGAUAUACUAAAAAUAAAUUUUCAAUUUUACUUGUCACUUUACGCAUACAAAGAGAAGAUAACUUUUUUUUCCUGUUGUAUCCACAGUAUUUAUUACUCAUUUCAAAUCAUUUUCUCAAAUCCAAUAAAAUAUGCAUCCAUUAUUAUGGGUAUCAUGAUAAA